AUGGCGGAGGAAGGCCACAAAGAUGUGGUAAUGUAUUUUAGAAAAACUAUUUUGAAUGAUCUAGAUUGCUCUUACAUCCUAACUCAUCUCAUCAAGGAGAUUGAAGAAGAGCAGUUUAAUUUGAUGCUGUCACAAAAUGGGAAAAAAUUAAAUGAAAUGUUUUACAAAUGGCUGUUGAAUAAUGUUGAUGGGAGAAUUUAUCAAAUAAUUCUUGACGCUCUCAAGUCCAAUGGCUCUGUUAAAAUGUACAAACAAUUAAAUUUUGAUGACUUGAAUAUUAAUGAUAAGGAAAUCUUCAGAGAAAUUAUUUUUAAAAGAAUAAAGCAUUUGCGUAGAAUUGAUUACAAAAAGCUUGUAACCAAACUGCAUGAGAAAGAUGUCAUCAAUCACAAAGAGAAUUGGUUCUUGGAAUUGGUUAAGUGUCUGAAAGAGAUGAAAGAGUUGGAAGCCCUGAAUGCCUUAAGUCCUCUACUCCUCUCAUCGAACUCUGAAGAGAGCUUGUUGAUUGCAAUUCAAAAUUUCGAUUAUCAAGAAGAGGAUCUAAAAGACCACUUACCUAGUUGA